AUGGUUGGCUCUGGAGGCGCGCCUCCUCCCAUGAAGUGGCCGCCUGCGCCUAGCGAGGCUGGUUGGGCUUCUGGGGCGACACCGCCGGGCCAAGGCAAUGGCAGGGGCGCGCUGCCGCCGGGCCAAGGCAAUGGCCGGGGCACGCUGCCGGCGUCGGAGUCGGGUGCUGGUCGUGGUGGCGUGCCACUCCCCAAGGCCGCUGCGGGACGCGGGUCGGGUGGCCCUGAUGCGGCGCGCUAUGCUGAUGGAGCGCCCAUGGGGAGGCCGCCGGCUCCGGUCGGGCGGGCGUGGUGGACCGGGCUCCGGUCCUCGGCCGGUGGCUCAAGGCGGUGCUGCGGUCGCAGCUGCGGGCCGGGGGGACGCCUAGACCGGCUCCUCCACCCCACGUCGUUGCUCGCCCGUCUCCGUCGUCGCAGUCCAACGGUACUGUGGCUGUGCCCCGGGGUCAGUGGGGGGAUGACGGCUACGAUGCCUACGGGGCUGGCCAGCAUCGUGGUUCUUCGUCCACGGGUGGCGGGCGUGGCUAUGCAUGGCAAAGCGAUGGCUCGGUUGAGAGGCCGUUCUUGGGUCCUACCGGUGGCUUCGUUGAGGGGCCUUCGGAUCCGGGUCAUCGGCAGCGAGGAGGGUACCGUGGCCAUCGUGGUGGUCGGGGCGGUCGAGGGGGCCGGUACCGUCCACGUCCUCCGCCCCCACCUGUUGUUGUCGAGCAGAUGA